AUGGCUGAGAGGCAGGAAGCGCGACCCUUGGUGCUGCGAACAAGCACUGGUCCAGUUGAUCUUCGGCCUCAACGACAGGCAACACGGAUCAGCCUCGUGAAUGGAGGUCCGCAGAAAACGAUCAGCAAGGGUUGGCUGAGAAGCGAUGGUGGUGCAUAUCACAAAUCAGUGAAGCAGGCAAUGAUGAUCGCCGCAGAGCAGAUCAGGUUGUUGGACGCCAAAGAGCUGUCCGUGGCCUCUGCCUACAGCUCUUCCGAUGACUUCGAAGCUAUCCAGGCAAAGAUCAAGACUUUGCUGGAGGGACAGGCGCACUUCACAGUGACAGGUGCAGCACAGAAGAAACUUCAGAACGUGGUGCAGCACCGGGAAGAAAGAAAGAGGGAGAUGCUGAUAAAGAUCUCCAAAAGCCGCCCUUGCUGCAACGCACGGGUGGAGCGCAGCUUCAUCAUCGACAACGGUGAUCUGCUCGUGUACAGGGACCACCAUCCCAAUGCCAAGGUGAAGGCGAUCUAUCACUUGAAAGAUGCUACCUGCUUCUACGAAGAGCCGCGCACGGCCUCUCUGCCAAAAUGGCAAGAAGGCUAUCAGAUGCGCCUCCGUGUAAUUUGUACAGACAGAGAAAAAUCUGGAAAGUCUCCGUUGUACCUGUAUUCAAAGGAUGAGGCCAAGAUCCACAGAUGGAAGCGAGCUUUCACGCUGGCCAAGGUGUUAGUAUCAGAAAACGACCGUCGGGCGCUGAAGGUGUCCAUCGGCCGUGCCACUUCCGGCGCUUUGCAAAAAGCUUGGGACUCGCUGGCCAUGUACUACGGUGAGUAUGCCAAGACGAAAGCCUUGGUGAAGAACAUGGCCAUGCGGCUGAUGAAGGUUGACUACAGUCGCGGCUGGAUGAAGUUUAAACUGGUCUACAGGAAGAAGAUGGACGAGCAGCACCGGCGCAAAGAUCAGCAGAUCUGGGCAGCACGAUUCAUGUCUGAGAAGCUCACGAAGUUGGGCAAGCAGAAAGCCAAAGAAAUCGACGACGUCCGGGAGGGCGUGAUCACCCGCAUCCAGCAGAGGUUCCGGAGCUACCGGGAAGACAUGAUCUUCGACCGAACGUACCCGCUGACCUCCAGCAUGAUGGCAAGGGUGCAAUCCGCCAAAGUGGGUCAAGUAGUUGACUACUCCAUGCAGACCGUCUCUGCAGAUGAUGUUUGCCAUUUGAGCCUCAAGGUGAAUGCUGACAAGACGAAAGAUGCAGACGCAAAGGGGGACUCGAACGACACCAAUGGCCCCUCCGCGAACAAUGACAAGGCCGCGCAGUUGAAUCAGGCUUUUGAGAAGUGGAGCAAGGACAAAGACGUCCUGCGGUCCACAUCGCCGGGUUACUCGGCGCUCCAAGAUGGAAAUCUCUCACUUCAGACGGGCGGCGGCCUUGAUUGUGACCUCAGCGCCGAUUACACGAUCCGCCGCGACGUGAAGGCAGCGUUUCUCGGUUACCUGAACAUUGCUGAGGGCUCAGGUGCCGGCACGCAGCAAGAAUGGGUCUAUCGAGAUAAGGACCCACCGCCAGCCUACAAUGGGGAGAACCCCCAGUCUUCCUUUAGAGGCUACCUGCGGGACCUGGAGCUUUGGCAAGCGGCCACAGAUGUUCCUGAGGAGAAGCAGGGCUUGAAACUUGUGCAAGUUCUUAGCGGGCAAGCCAAGGCAGCAGUGGAUGGGCUGGCGGUCGCAGACAUAAAGGGAGCGGGCGGCUACAAGGCCGUUCUUGCAAAGCUGCGUGAAGCCUUCGAGCCGUACGUGGAGACGGCCUUGCCGAGGGCGAUGGAAGGAGCGUUGUUCGGAGCACCCCGCUCCAACAAGGAGACCGUGGCUGAGUACAUCAUACGCUUCGAGAGGGCACAGGCUUUGCUGAAGGAUGAAGGCGUGGAGCUGCCGACGAAGGCGGUCGGAUACCUUCUGCAUCGCCAGGCCAACCUGGACCCGGAGCUGGACGGCAGGCUGACGACUUGGCUGGCAGGCGACUACUCCAAGGAUAAUGUGCUAGCUAAGCUGCGCCGUCUAGAGCGAGUCCACCAAGAAGGCGCUAAGCGGGCCUUUGUCUUCGAUGACCCGGACCAACCGGAGGACGACUACAUCGAGGACGCUCCGGCCGAAGCCUUCUACCAGGAGGAAAGCGAGGAUGACGAGAACUUCAUCUACUUAGGCGACGCCGAGCCCGGCGAGGUGUACGAGGAAGAUGACCUGAUUGAGGCGCUGGCGUCGUACCAGGAAGUGCGGCAGAAGAUCAAGGACCAGCGGCUGGGCCGAAAGUUCUACAAGGCUCCUGCCACAGCCGGGAAAGGCCACCAGCAGAAGGGCCAUGGAUUCAAGAAGGGCUUUGGAAAAGGCUCGUCCGGUGGUGCCGGGGCAGGGCGCGGGACUGGCCGUUGGAGUUCGGGCGGCAAGGGCAGAGUGCAUAUCGAGGAGUUGAAGCUCAGGACCCGCUGCCGCUCUUGCGGGCAAGUGGGCCAUUGGUCGAAGGAGUGCCCUUCCAAUCGCCCGGGUUCGUCUUCGGCACCUUCGGCCUCCUCUGGUUCCGGGCCUGGCAAGCCGGGCUCAGCUACCUCCUUCUACUGGGGCACGGCGGCCGGGGGAAGCUCUUCGGUUGCGUUUCUCUCUUUGCAGCAGCUUCUUCGACGCCAGCAAGAAAAGAGGGAUUCGUGCCUGCAGUUUUGCGGGGUUAGCACUUCAGAGGGCGAGGCGUUGGUGGACACCGCUGCGCAAGAUGGUUUGAUAGGCAAGCCCAGUCUCCUACGGCUUUGCGGUGCUCUCCGGCAACAUGGCUUAGCAUGCAAGUGGCUUAACAAGACCGCAGCAGCACGAGGGAUAGGAGGUGCCGAGAUAAGCCUCCCAAAGAACACCCUCAGCCUUACCUAUGUCGGGGUCUUGAGGGACACCGGCAAGCCGUCGACAGCGAGCACCCGGAAGCGAAGAGGGGUGCCAGACCGCUCAAAAGUGGCGCUCCGAAACUGGCGCGUCGUUGGGGACAAGCUCUGCUCUUUGGUGUUUUGGGGGCCGCUGCACAAUGCGGUCGCGCAGUUCCUGGAGGGAGUUGCCAAGCCAGCUUUCUUGCCAAAGAGCCGGGCCUCUGCGAGUACUACCGUGGCGCUGGCACCUACGAACAAGGCGGAGUUCUACAAGACCUAUAUCAGCCAGGAGCCCGCGCCGGAGAAGAUGACGAACGUGAAGGGCAUUCCGGAGGAGAGCGGCCAAACCUGUCGCCACGAGGCUCGCUACCUCAAGGGCGGUGGCAAUGGGCACGCCAAUUGGGUGCAUUGCGCGAGGUGCCUCUCGAGGUGGAGGUUGUCACCGGAGGCGGCUGCGCAAGUGACGGGGCGUGCUCUUCAGGAAGUGCCGGCCGAGCCGGCAGCCAAGGGGAAAGCGAAGGCCAAACCAUUGGCCCUACCACAGCCACAGGACGAUCGGAACCCCAAGGAGAGCGACUACCUCAAGGUGAUCGAGGACCAGAAGGAGAAGAUGCAGCAUAUGCAGGCCCAGCUGGAGCUUCUGACCGGAACGACCGACGAGAUCGACAUGGCGGCCGAGGCGUGCUGUGCGAUCGAAGGGUCACUUUUGAGCAUGGACGCAACCCUUCAGCAGGAGGCUCAGACGGUGAUCGCCGAGUUUCGGAGGCUCAAGCUGUCGGAGGAGGAGAGCCGGGCACGCAGCCGGCACUUCCCCACCAGGGAGACCAAGGACGAGUGGAUCAAAGCGGUCGGGGCGUUAGCUCGCGAGAUCCGGUCGGAAGAUGGGCAAAUCGUGCUCAAGAGGGCAUCCCCGAAGGCAGUUUCAGCCUGGCUGUCGCGACCUAUGCCGGGAGUUGAAGACUAUGUGGUGGCGCGAGGCAGCCAAGGGAUGCAACGAAGGGACCGAGCCGACUUCGAGAUCGGCGGCUGGCCUGGGGGAGAAAUCUUCUUGGCUGUGAACGAGCCGGCCCUUUACCUCUUUGCGGCCACCGACGGUGGGGAGGAGCACGACCUCACCGAGUUUCACCAUGAUCUGUGUGCCUGGGUGCAGUCGCUAAAGUCAGCCGGCGCCGGGCGAGAUCCAGUUUUGGCACUUUGUGCUCAAGAAGAAGAGUCUACACAGUGGGCUUUGUGGCAGCAAGGGCAGCCCAAAGUACUUUGUCUCAGUCCGGGACCCGGGACAGCAGCCGUGGACCACGCAUGUCGCGUGGCAAGGGCCCAGUGGCGUCGAGGGGGAGCUUUUUCCAUUAGUGUUUCCAAGCACGCUCCCGCGACAGCUGCUCUGAAGCAGCUAAAGAACCAAGUUUGCAAAACCUCGGCCGCCUACCUGCUGUUCCGCAAGAAGGGCAUUCUCACCAACGCCACGGACGCGGAGAAGUACCAGUUGGCCAAGUAUGACAAGGAGAUCCUCGGGACCAAUUUGGCGGAGGAGUUCUCCGAAGCUUUCUCCGAGGCCUUUGUGGGAGAAGGGCAGCCAGAAGAUGUCGGGGAGUAUCCCGAGCAUCCUGAUGAAGAUGCAGCUGCGCCCGUGCGAGAGCCCAGCCGGGAACAGAAGGACGCUUUGCAGCGAGUUCACCAAAAUCUUGGGCACCCCGAUGCCGCCACUUUGGCCCGUACCUUGCGAGUCGGCGGUGCACCUGAGUACUUGUGGAAGUGGGCCAAGCAGCACUUUCGCUGCCCAGCCUGCGCCUCGGGAGCGAGGCCAAAGGCACCUAGACCGACCGCUGUGCCGCGAUCGUACGCGCCCAAUGCAGUGGUGGCCGUGGACCUUUUUCACAUGCCAAGCUGGGACAACCAGAAUGACAAGGAGCUGUUUCUGAACAUGGUCGAUUUGGGAACCAACUUCCAGAUGAUUGAGCGCAUCCCUUCGAAAGAGGCCGUGGUUGUGUGGAAGGCUAUGGCUCGAACUUGGGGGCGUUUCCUGGGAUGGCCCCAAAUGAUUAUGUGCGACCAAGGAACAGAAUUCCUCGGCCAGUUCAAGGAGAAGUGCCACGAGCUGGGCAUCAUUUUGCACACCAUUGGGGCGCGAGCACCGCAUCAGAAUGGUCGUUGUGAGCGGCACGGGGCACUUUGGAAGAUGCUCUUUGAGAGGGCCAAGUGGAUCAACGCGCCGGCCUCCCUAGAUGAGUGGAAGCUGCUGAUUCGAGAGACCGAAGCAGCUAAGAACCGACUGUCUGAUAGGUCGGGGUUUUCGCCAGCACAGCGCAUGCUCGGGCAGACGCCGCGGGUGAGCGCCGAGCUGCACUCUGACUCUUGGCUGGAUCCAGUGCUAGCUUCCAACGACGAGGAGAUGAUCAAGAUGCUCAAAGCCAGGGCUGCGGCGCAGCGAGCGUGGGCCGAAACCAAUUGUUCUACUGUGGUUCGGAAGGCCCUUCGAUCUAGGCCCCGCACACAGCGGCAGUUCGGGCCUGGCGAGGUGGUGUAUGUUUGGAGGCACAAGGCGUGGGAAGGGCCAGGAGUUGUGAUCCUUCCCGAGGGUGCAAAUUGCUAUGUGAAUGUCAAGGGCAAGCUGUGGAAGGUUGCCAACGACCACCUCCGGAACGCCGUGUCGGAAGAGAUCAAGGGCACCGAGGCCGUUCAUGAAGUUUUUCGGGAACUCCGAGAAAGGUUUGCGAGAGAAGGUCGUGAAGCACCAGUGGUGGAGGACCUUACCAGAGAACCGAGACCUCCGGCGUCCGAAAGGCCUCCCUAUGAUCCAGUUGAGGAGGAAGGCUUUGCGAGAGGUCUACCGCGACUCCGGGCAGAGCAAGAUGAUCCAGAACCACCGGUUCCUUUACCGAGCCCGGAGCCAGCCGAGCCCGUUCAGCCCGAGAUCCCAGAAAUUCCAGAGCCUCCAGUGCCUCAGGUUCCUUUGGCGCCGGACUUGCAAGAGACACCUGUGCCGGCGGAGAUGGAGCGACAGAGCACCGAGGAGCCGGAGGUUGAAAGGAUAAGUUCCGAGAGACCGUCUCGGGAAGAGCAGCUACGUGAGGCUGUGGAGGCGACCAACAUAGGUCGAAGGCUGGAUGGCAUUCCGACGGUGCCACCCUUUGCGAGAUCCUCGGGGAGUUCGGUGGAGGUGCCAGAGACCUACGAACCGGCACGACCGACUGUCGGGGAAGCCUUGCAGCAUCCGCACCCAUAUCGCCGGCCGGAAGCUGAUGAUGUUUUUGUCGAAGAGAACCUCCCAGUACCCAAGGUCGAAGAGUCCAAGGAGCCGAAGCCCAACAGAGACUACUGGGAACUGCUGGGGCAACAAGGUGUCCUGCGCCGGCACCAUGUGAAGUGGCGGACUUGUCAUUUCAGCCCCUGGGAAGGCUCCAAGAUGCCUCUCGAGAUUAGCGCAUUGACUUCUGAGCGGUCCACUGUGAAGGUUCUCAAGAAUGGGGACCGUGCCGAGGACUUCGACGACUGGAGGGCGCUCAAGCCGGCAAUGAAAGCAGCGCAGAAGUGGAAAGGCUACACCGACUUCAUGCUCACCAAGCCGGAGGCCAAGAAGCUUAUAAGGCAGAUGCGGGGGAUCCCGGUUCAGGAGACCAACCACGUGUACUCCUUCGACGUGGUGACCGCGGAGACCUUUGCAGCGAAGAAGGCGGCGAGCGACGAAGUUGCCGAGAAGGACAUCACAGAUGAAGAGUGGCCAGAGUGGCGCCAAGCUGAUGCUGAGGAGUGGGCCAAGAUAGCGGCAUCAGGAGCAGUGAAGGUACUGACCCCUGAGCGCUCCAGGCAGGUCAAGGCCGAGCUUGCGGCCACUGGACAGCUGAGUCGCAUCAUAGACAGCCGUUUCGUCCGGAGAAAGAAGCCGAGCGAGCAACUCGGCGAGCCGAGCACCUUCAAGAGCAGGUGGUGUGUGCGUGGGGAUCAGGAUCCAGAUGCUGCCGAUUUGGAUGCCUAUGCACCGACGGUGACCACACAGAACUUGCAGGUCAUCCUCCAGCUAGUCGCUUCAAGGCGUAUGCCGGGAUCCUGCGGCGACUUAAAGGCUGCCUUCACUCAGAGCGAUCGUCUACAAAGGACUGCUGGGAAGCUUUACGUGCGGCAACCGCGCGGCGGACUCCCAGGCCUGGAGCCCGAGGUCAUCCUGGAGGUGAUUGUCGGCGUCUACGGCUUAGUGGAUGGGCCGGCACACUGGCGCCGCACUCUUAAGUCCUAUGUGACCCAGGAGUUGGGGUAUCGUCAAUCACGCAUCGACCCCACGGUGUUUUCGCUCUAUGUGGACCGAGAACUACAAGGCCUGAUCGUGAUCGAGAUCGACGACAUCCUGUCGUUUGGGUUUCGAGAACAUGAGCACCGCAUGGCUCAACUACAGGCUCGCUUUAAGUUCGGCAAGUACAAAAAGCUGCAGGAACUGGAGUCCGGCACCAUGUUCAACGGUAGGCGGAUUCAGCAGGACCAAGACGGAGCUAUCCGGGUAGAUAUGGCCAAGUUCAUAGAGGAGCGUUUGCACCCGAUGGCCAUCCCGCGCGACGGUCGAGCUCAGCCUGAGGCCGAGGCGACUUCACAGGAAAUGUCGACGGCCCGUGGUGCCAUUGGCUCUCUGGCGUGGCUGGCCAAAGAAGGCCGACCUGAUCUAGCUGGAGCUGCUUCCAUGUUUGCCAGCAAGCUGACCACUCUGAAGGUCAAGGACAUGCAGGACAUCAAUCGCGUCAUCGCCGGAGCCAAGGCCAACCGAGACCUAGAGCUGAAGUUCCACCCGAUUCCGCCGGAGUCCUUAUGCUGGGGCUGCAUAACUGAUGCUUCAUGGGCCAACCACAAGGACGGAGCAAGCCAAGGAGCUACCGCCGUGAUCGCGUUCCACCGGGACCUCCUGACGGGGAAGAGUGCCCCCUGCACCAUUAUCUGGUGGAAGUCCGGCAAGUUGAGGCGGAAAGUUAACAGCACGCUAGCAGCCGAAGCUCAAGCUCUUUUACGGGGCUUGGGGGACCUUAUGUGGGCAAAGGUUGUGUACCACGAGCUCAUCGACAGCGACUUCACCUUAGAGUCCUUCAAGCAAGAUGUGAGAGCUCGAGCCGAGCUGGUGUUGCAAAGUGCAGCGGCCGACGACAAGCUGAAAGACUCGUUGUCGGUAGUCGACGCCAAGUCCCUCUACGACAAUCUCAUGAAGGAGGGCUCCCAGAGCCAAGAUAAGUUCACGGCAUUGGAUGUUGCCAUUGCCAGGGAGCGCAUCGACGGGCUCGGCGUGGACUUACGCUGGGUGGAGCACCAAGCUAUGGUGGUGGAUUCUCUUACCAAGAUCAACGGCAACAAGGAGGCACUACUGAAACUUCUUACGACCGGAACGUUCAAGCUGGAAGCUGAAGAGUGGCAGCUAGAAGACCGUGAGCGCCGAAGGCGUGAAGGGACCGUCAAAAGGCGGUGA